AAAUAUCAGGUAGGCUUCCGCAUGGUCUCGGGGAUGUAGCGGGAGAAAAUUUCCUUUCUACACACUUAAAUUAGGCCAAACUUACGCCGACCAUAGAUUCCUCUUGCUAGGAUGGAAACAAAACUCAGAGCGCCUUAAGUCUCACCCAGUCAACCAGUCACAGUUCAGUGUACCCUUCUGUACAGUUAGCGUGUGAGGUAAGCCUAACAACAUACCAGCUAAGCUCUUGGCGCUGAAUAAAUUUUGUUGUCAAAUUUUAAUGAGAUCUGCAACUCCUGAAAUGUGACAUUUCAAAACAGAAUAAUGCCCAACAAACUCGUAAACGAGAUCGUUUUACAGAUACGAGUUCGUAACGAGUGAAUGACUCCACCGGGCUGAUGUGUUACUUCCGUCUGUCUCGGCCGAAACAAGUCACAUCAUGCUACACAUAGGUUAAAGGCCCGGCCGUCAGUCAUCUGGAGAGACGUGUAAAAUGAACACAAACUCCACUCCACCGUUGAAGCGUCACACAUAAACAUAUUAAAGGAACAUUGCUAUUAUCUCCCAAACAAGCAAUGGUCAUAAUGGCGGUCCUCGCUCUCACGACACUGGCCAGUGUCCACGCAACUUCUCCCAAUGUUCGUGUCACGAGAAGGCCUGUAGAUCAACCACAUGAAGGAAUGUGCUCCAACUUCUGGUGGGGUGGAAUUUCUAAGGUUCACUUUUACACCUGCUGUAACAACCUGGAUGAAGGUCCUUAUCCCUAUUGCGAUGGUCGUACCUAUCACAAAGCAUCUAAUGGAUCCUACUGUAAACCUGGUGUGUUUGACGGCGGGAAUGGUGAACAACAUGAAUCUUACCGUUGUGGAGGAUGUGAUGGACAGGCCCGAGUAGCUGAGAAAUGUAGCCCAUGGCCUUCUCUGGAUGUUGUAGGAACAUGCUGGGUGUUCACUAAGUGCCUCACAGACUUCUGCGAAAAGCGGUACCGAGUGAAUGGGUUAAACCUUGCAGUAAGGGAUGGGCCAGGAAUGCCAGACACCUGCUACAACGGAAAGUGUGAUGUCGGAGAAACUACAGACAACUGCCCAGUCGACUGCUGCUACAAGAAAAACAAACAGUGUACCUGGGGUAACAAAUGUACGCCACUAUUUUGUGCCACCCCACCUUGUCAGAGUGGAGGUGAUGGUGUGUUUACAGCUGGGACAUAUCGCAUCAAGAUCCUGGCUGCUGCUGUGCUAGUGCUGGGUGUCUGCAUUGUUUAUACAUUCAGAAGGAAGAGGCAAUACAAGCGGGCACAGUCACACAAUUUCCUCUUGUUGAAUCUAUGAUAAAUGUACGUUGACAGAUUUUUAACAAUUUGUAAAUAUGUUGCUUUCAACAAUUACUUUAAUUUAUAUUCACAACGAUCGCAUCGGUAACAUGAAGUGAUAUAUAACAUUCUUAAUAUUUUCUUCUUUGAGAGACAUUUUAGAAGUGGACUUCUAUGGACAGUCAACCUCUGUGAGUGUGGCGUUUCGGUGUAGUUACUAACACCGUUAUUAAGCAAGUGAUAAAAAGAGUUGAAACAUGGACAAUAUAUACAUAGCUGCAUAGUGAGUAUAUACAAUUGACAAGGUCGAUGUACAUUGAACAUCUAAUUAAUGAUUUGAGCAGAGUAGGUUGAUGUACAGAGUGAUUGGUUGUGUUUGGAGGUUGAGUUUAUAUAAUGGUGAGUUUGAUGUACAAUGAGGUGGUGAUUAGUAAGUAGGUUGAAGUACACUGUGAUUGGUUGUGAUU